AUGCGUUUCUCUCCGACGCUGUUCCUUUACGCGCUGUCUGGCACAGCUGCGAUGCUAACGCCUUCAUCCUUUAAGCGAGACUUGAAGCUUUCUGCGGAGUUGGGUAUUCACCCAGAUGAGCUGCUUGCUUCCAAGAAAUCUUUGCAUGCUAUUGCUAGUGCUCAGGCUGAUAGGAAUAUCAAGGCCGAGUUUGUCUCGCUCCCAAUCGAUCACGACAACUCCUCGGUGGGCGAGUACCUGAAUCGCUAUUGGGUCAGCGAGCAGUACUAUAAGGAAGGUGGACCGGUCUUCGUCUAUGACGUUGGUGAGUCAGAAGCUGAAGGGUCUGCCCAAGGACAGCUUGGCAACUCGAGCUCGUUCUUCUCUGGAAUGCUCAAGGAGUUUAAUGGACUUGGUAUUGUCUGGGAACACCGCUACUAUGGACACUCUCUGCCGUACAACGUUAGCAGGGACACUUUGCCCGAGCACUUCCAGUACUUGAACAACAGACAAGCUCUGGCCGAUCUGCCUGUUUUUGCGGCCAACUUCACCCGCGCUAACCUGCCAAACUUAACCCUCACCCCCGAUGCCACCCCCUGGGUGAUGGUCGGCGGCUCUUACGCCGGAAUGCGAGCAGCCUUCACUCGUAACGAGUACCCAGAGACCAUCUAUGCAGCAUUUGCCUCUUCCGCACCUGUUGAAGCACGCAUCGAUAUGAGCGUCUAUUUCGACCAAGUGUAUGACGGCACUGUCGCCAACGGAUACUUGAACUGCACCCGCGACAUCAAGGCGGCCUUGGAAUACAUCGACGACGAAUUAUCCAAUGAGACCACCGCAGGCCCCAUCAAGCAACAGUUCUUUGGCAAAGGUGCUGAGACUAACAGCAAUGGUGACUUCACAGCUGCACUUUCUGGCAUCUUCGGAAUUUUCCAGGGGUACGGUCUCGGUGGCGGAAUCGGGGGCCUCGGGGCAUUCUGCGAGCACCUGGAGACCGACGAGACGGGCCGCCCGGCGCCCGCGGAGGGGCACGCCCCAUCCCGCGGCAACAAGUACGUGGCUGAUCGGUGGGCCUCCUGGCCGGUAUUCACCCAGUUGAUCAACAUGAAUUACGAGACAAAUUGCAACGGGACAGAAAUCAGUGAGGCGCUUUCGUGUGAUUUGAACCCCGUCCCCUCGGACCCGGACACCCUCAGCUGGACUUGGCAGUACUGCACCGAGUGGGGAUAUUACCAAACCAACAAUUUCGGCCCUCACUCGCUGCUGUCCAAGUACCAGAAUCUGGAAUUCGCGCAAGAUUAUUGCGAUCGUUCGUUCCCCGAGGCAUUGAAGCAGGGAUACCUGCCGGCUCAGCCGCAAGUGGAGGAGACCAAUGAAGAGACGGGCGGGUGGACGAUUCGCCCAUCGAAUGUUUAUUGGAGCGGAGGACAAUUUGAUCCAUGGAGAACUCUUUCACCCCUUGCGACCGGGCCUUCGGAUCCACAGGUGAAACUCACGACGGAGAUCCCCCAGUGUGGUGUGCAGACUAGCGAGGACACGCUCUUUGGAUAUGUGAUGCCCGGGGCUGAACAUUGCUUCGACUUCCGCACAUCAUUUGCACCGGGUGCAGUGUCUCGGGGAUAUUUCUACCAGGCGCUCAAGGAGUGGUUGGGUUGCUUCAAGGUUGAUCUGUAA